UGUCCAAAAGCAUUUGUUAUACAUUGCAGUGCAUUUGAAUUUUGAUACGCUAUCCACGAUAUUAUUACGUUUAUUUUUGCUACACACAUCACAAGGGAUAUAGCUAAGGAUCACUAUGAAAAUUCAAUUAUUGCUCAUCAGCAUUUGUGCAGCUGUUGCUGCUGGCAGUGUUAUACCUGCCACACCCACAUACCAUAUUGCUGGCAUACCCACUGCACAUAGCAGUCAAGUGUUUGUACGCAAUUACGGACGUUACUAUGUGCCUGGCUAUGUGCCCACUGCAGUUGUGCCAAACGCCGCAUAUCCAACGUACGCUGGCGUAUAUCCUACCACGAACAUUUACAGAUACGGCACUUCUUAUCCUUAUGGUUAUUAUCCUGCUUAUGGUUAUGGUUACAGUAGUUAUGGCGGCACAUUAUGGUAGCUCCCACAGCAAAGAAUACAGUGCAGCAUUCCUAUUGCAACUUAAGUCAGUCGGCAGCUAACAAGUACUUUCACUCUAACAGCUUUGGCAUUUCAUACUUUUACUUUUUAAUGCUGGCACUAAUACUCAAUGUUACUCAUACGCCCAGAUAAUCUUCAGCACACUACUUUGUUGUUGUUGUUUUUGCUGUUGAUUUUUAGCUUAUCGAAAAUGCAUAUUAUCAUAUUUAAUUAUUAUUAAUUCUAC